AUGCCUCCUAGGUCUGUUGCUAGUGAUUUUGCCUCCGGACCUCCACUCACCCAGGUUGUGAUACUACAGAUGGGACAUCUAGCCUAUAUGGCUAAUAGGUGUAGAUCCAAGCUAGAGGCUACAGUCCCUGGGAUGAUUCAGAGAGCUCUCACUGCUGUUGUGAAACCUUUCAGAGAGCCCAUUGAUGCCUUUGCGGCAAGGAUAGAGGUGUGUGAGAAAGGUCAGGGAGCUACUAGUGAGAUGACGGCCCAAAAGGCCACAAUUUCAAAGUUGAGAAAGGAUGUGGACCACCUGAAGUCCACAUAUACGUUGAUAAUUUUUGGGACCGUGGAGAUCCCUACUAUGCCAACUGAUUCUGAUGUGCCUCCGGCCACCACUAGAGAUGAGGUUUGA